AAAUGUCAGGUUGAUUCCUGAUAGUUGGCUCGACUAAUCAGAUGUUUCUCCGCUCUCUGCCUAUACAACUCUUUGCGUUUCCUUCAUAACCAUUACUCUAGUUUGAGUUAUACAGACUGCUGUCGGGAGCUGAGAGGACCACACAUGGCAACUCGUAUCAGACCAAGCAACAAGCGUUGUGCUGUUAUUGGGGGAUCUGGAUUUUUGGGCAGGCAUCUUGUGGAGCGUUUAGUGGACCGAGGAUACACAGUGAAUGUGUUUGACAUCAGACAGGCCUAUGAACUUCCAGGAGUGACAUUUCACCAAGGGGACUUGUGUGACAAACAGGCUUUGCUGGUGGCUUUGAAAGAAGUGUCUAUAGUGUUUCACUGUGCUUCACCUGCUCCAGGCAGUGAUGACCGCGCUCUGUUUCAGAGGGUCAACAUUGAUGGGACACGGACUGUCAUACAGGCCUGCCAUGAGGCAGGAGUACAGAAAUUAAUAUUGACAAGCAGUGCUAGUGUGGUGUUUGAAGGAACUGACAUCAAGAAUGGUAAAGAGGAUUUGCCUUAUGCAAAAAAGCCAAUUGAUUAUUAUACAGCGACCAAAAUCCAGCAGGAGAAGUUGGUGUUGGAGGCCUGCAGUAAAGAGAAAGGUUUCUUUACUGUCGCUAUUCGUCCUCAUGGCAUCUUCGGCCCCCGGGACCCUCAGUUAGUGCCCAUCCUGGUAGAUUCAGCCCGCAAAGGAAAGAUGAAGUUCAUCAUCGGGGAUGGAUCUAAUCUUGUGGACUUCACCUAUGUGGAGAAUGUAGUUCAUGGGCAUAUUUUAGCAGCUGAACACCUUAAGGCUGAUUCUCCACUCUGCGCUCAGGCUUACCAUAUAACCAAUGACGAGCCGGUGCGUUUCUGGGACUUCAUGUCCCAGAUUCUGGUGGGUCUGGGCUACAGUGCUCCUCGAUACCACCUGCCCUACACACUGGUCUAUGGAAUAGCCCUGCUGCUGUGGCUGGUGGCCUUAGUACUGAGGCCGCUCAUCCAGCUCAAACCCACCUUCACACCCAUGCGAGUAGCUCUGGCUGGCACCCACCACUACUACAGCUGUGCUCGUGCCAAGAAGGACAUGGGUUACCGACCCCUGGUGCCUUUACAAGAAGCAAUAGUGCGCACUGUGGAGAGCUACCCACAUCUACGGAAAGGAGCAUAACACCGCAGUGAAGCUGAAUGUUGAUUGACAUAAUUACUGUUUGCUGAAUGGCACUAUGAGGAUCUGUGGGAUUACCAGUGUUUAUUAACAAUGCACUUAAUCAUUCCUAUGUUAAAUGUACCUUUUCACCAGGAUGUAACAGCAUGUAGCUCAACAGUGAUGUUGAGUUCAGAUGGCAGAUAUGGACAUUUGUCUCUUCUGACUUUGGUCCAAGAGUAUUCAGUCUUUAUGUAAGAGCUUUUUGGGUUUUCAAAACUUGGCAGUAUAAAUUUCAAAUCAAGUU